AUGUCGUCGUUUGCCGGCGUAUCCGUCUUGGACGGCGGCAAGCUGUGCCCCUCCACCAAGACCUUUGUCAAGACCAGCUCGGCCUGCGGAUACCACCUGCUUGUUGUCCAAGGUUACGCUCAAACCAAGAAGGAGACACCCGCUGGUCGGUGCAUCGCCUCUCGUGAUUUCGGGGUAGGAGGCCAUCGCUGGUCCAUCGCGUACUAUCCUAACGGCGAAAACGUGAAUUGUGCCGAGUUUGUUUCUCUCUAUGUUUGCCGUCUCAACUGCGACGAAAAGCAUGUGGAAGCCAAGUUUGAAUUUAGUUUCAUCGAUGAGGUUGAGUGGCAGAAUCAAGUGUGCAUUCGUGGGACGAAAACAUACAGCUUCCCCUCCGAUGCCCCUUCUUGGGGCCACUCCAGGUUUAUGAAAAUAGAUGCCCUUGAACGAUCAAUGAAUCUAGAGGAGGAUGAUUGCUUCACCGUCCGGUGUGACAUCAUGGUCUGCGACAACACCGAGGAUGAUGCUAGUGGCACCGAGCUGGUGCUCGUGCCUGAUAUACACCACAACCUUAACAAUCUCCUUGGCAGUAAGGUGGGUGCCGAUGUGACGUUCGAGGUCGACGGUGCAACGUUUGCUGCGCACCGAUGCGUGCUUGCUGCCCAAUCUAAAGUCUUCAUGGCGCAACUCUUUGGCCCAAUGAAGGAGGGCACUUCCACAUCCGGUGUCAUACAUAUCCAAGACAUGGAGGCAACAGUGUUCAAGGCUUUGCUUAACUUUAUCUACACAGACUCAUUCCUUAACAUGGACGACGAUAUCAUGGAGGAUGGUGAAAUGUCAGAAGCUAUGGAAGAAGGACAAGAAGAGGAGCCGGCCAUAGAGGGUGAAAAGUGGCUGCAAUGGCUCCAAGACUUGUUGGUAGCGGCAGACAGAUAUGACGUCCAACGGCUCAAGUUCAUCUGUGAAAAGCAGUUGUCUGAACACAUAAGUGUGGGCUCGGUGAUGUCCACUCUUUCUCUAGCCGAGCAGCACCACUGCCAAGGAUUGAAGCAGGCAUGCUUCAAGUUUAUCCAAGUCCAGUCCCCCUCGUGUUUGCAAACAGUAAUGGCAUCUAAUGGUUGGGAUCACGUCUGUACGACCUAUCCCUCAGUUUUGAAGGAGCUCUUUGCCAUGCUUGCUUCAAAGCACCAGAAGCACUAA